AUGGAUUCAUCAGGGGGGCCCCCCCCUCCUGAGCAGGGCCCCUGGCCAGGUGACACCCGAAUGGCAUCCCUGCAGGAAACAGCAGACUCAGCCGGGCCCUGCGCCACGCAGAGGCCGCACGGGGGGGGGCCCCUCCCUGUCCCUGUCUCUUACAGCACUGGUUUGGGAGGGGGGGGCCCCCAGGCAGUUUUUCAAGGCGUUGUCUCCCCAACUGUCUCUUGCUCUCCUAAGCCGCUUGAGCAGCAGCCCCCAAUGAACCAGGGGGGCCCUCCUAUGGGUCCAGUACCCUUGCAGCCCGAGCCCACGGAUGGGGCCCCAGUCCCUCCCUGGCUGCUGCUGCCUCAGCGCCACCAGCAGCAGCAGCAGCAGCAUUUGUACUACGAAGGCCAGCAGGUGGUGCAGCAGCAGCUGCACCAACAACGUCCCCCAGUGCUGCAGCAAGGAGGGGGGGCCCCAGGGCCCCAUAACGGGGAGGCCCCCCAUGCCCCUGUGAACAUGGGGGAAUUGCCUCCAUGGCAGCCUUCACUAGACUGCUCUGCUGAGAGAGGCGUCUCCUUUGGGUGUGCGAGCCCCUGCAUGAUGCCUGCUCAGGCGCCCCCCCCUUAUGGUGUCUCCCCCUUAGCCUCGGGGCCCUUUGUGGGAGACGUACCCCAUAUAUCAACUCAGCAGCAUCUUCAGCAGUGGCAGCCCGGAGCAGCAGCACAGAAUGACGCCUUGCAGCCUCCCCCUGCUGCUGCUGCUGCUCCUCCUGGGCCUCCCGUUGCUCAGUUCCCCUUCGGCAUGUGCAUGGGGGCCCCUCAGGGGCCCUCAGGAGGCCUGAAAGGAUGCCCAGAGGGGCCGACAGGUGGGGGACCGUGGCAGCCUAUGCAGCAGCAGCAGCAUCACCAGCAGCAGCAGCAGCAUCCACCUCCGCAGCAGCAGCGGGCACCGCAGCAGUCUCCUCAGCAGCCGCACGUGAGUGGCUUGCAGCAACCUGGAAAUGGUGGGGUGUAUGCGCCUAUGGGCUUGGCGGGGCCCCCUCUACCUAAAGCAGAGAGUAGGGGCCCCCGGCCACCUAAAAGUGGGGGUACCUUUAGGAGAAAGGCAGACUCAACUGUCGAGGGAGGGGGGCCCCCUGCUCCUUCUUCAGGCACAAGGCCCGCUAAAUUCUUUAAACAGCACUCCCCAGGUAAGGGGGCCCCCAAGCCUAGGAGCAAGGGGGGAGCCGCUCAGGGGGUUGCCCAGGAAGAUGGCGCCCCCAAGGACUCCAGCCAGUCGGUCUCAGUGGGAUGCCAUGGGGCCCCCGGGGGCCCCCCACCUCAUGGGGGCCCCGUGCGGCAGGCCCCCCUAAGCGGGCACAAGCAGCCCUCAGGCGCAUUUGAGAAGGGAGAAGGAGGCGGGGGGCCCCCCAAGGCGACCCCCCGUCCCCGAGCGGUGCGGCCUUCGGAGGUGAUGGCUAAGAUGUAUUUUCAUCGUAAGAAGGAGGCGUGGAGAGCGGAGCUGUUGAUAGAAGGAACGAAGAAACAAAAGUCUUUCUCUUGCAGGCUGUACGGCUACGAACGCGCGAGACUAAUGUGCGAGUGGGCCCGCAAGUUCGUCUUGCGCACAAGCCGAUUGCCUACAGAUGAGGAGACAUGCACUUCCUUGGCUUCUCUAAUGAAGGAACCGCUGCCGCCCCAAGUGCCCCCCGCCCUACCCUACGGGCACAGCGACGCUGCAGCGCCGGGAGCCCCGGGGGCGCCGGGAGGGGCCCCCAGCGGGGGGGCCCCCGGAGGGACGCAGGUCCCCUUGCCCAGCUCAGGAGAGGCGAGCCAAGGCAAGAACCCUGAAGAGGAGCGGGAGCAGCAGGCUGCAGCAGCUGCACCAGCGUCAGUAGGGUCUGCUGCUGCUGCUGCUGCUGCUGCUGCUGCUCAUGGGACGGGAGGGGUUGCUGCACGGGAGGGCCCUUAUGGAGGAGACGUUGGCUGUAUGCCCAGCGCUAAGGGCCCCCCUCUUGAGCCUCGGGCCUCCGGCGGUGCAGGUGUAUGCAAGAAAAGGAAAGACGCAGCCAAGAGCGGCGAAAACACCACAAAGGUGCGAAAGGGUAGCGAUUGCCCCGGUGGGGGGGCCUCUUCUAAGAAGGGCCAGGCGCCGCGGGGGGCCACCGAUGGACCUUCGGAGGGGCCCCCCCUUCCCCAAGGCCCUCGGCGAGUCGCACGCAAUGACUUAAUUGGGGGGCCCACCAACGGGAAGGUAGCGGCUCCUGGGGACAACAGGGCAGAGGGCCCCGCCCCGAUGGUGUCUCCACAUCUUUCAUUCAAGAACCCAGAGGCCUCGGCCGGUGCAUACACCGCUGCAGGAGGGCCCCAUCCGGCGGGGGCGCCCCCAGCUCAGGAGCUGCCGCUUCCAGAGUGUGCUUCGCCCUGUCUAGGAGGGGCCCCCCGUGUAGGAGGGGCCCCCCAGGAGGAGGCUCCGGGGAAGUCGGGUGAUGUGGGCUUUCGAGCACCCGAUGCAUGCGGAGGCGAGGGGCUUAGCCCCAGUGCCAAUCCUUGGUUUGAAGAACUUGAGCAACUAAAGAAGAUUAGUCGGCCUAAGGGCGGGAGAGCGAAGAGGUUUAAUGUGGGGAAGAAGCCUUUUAGUGGUGUCCGGGGCAUUUAUUUUCAGCAGGGUCUCUGGAAAGUCAAGUACAGAGGAGAACAAGAAGAAGCCAUGAAGCUCUUCCCCUAUAGCCCAGGCGACGAAAAAGAUAUGAAGUCCCAGUUUGAACUGGCGAGAUCUUUUCUGCGACAAGUCAUCGACAAAGGACGCCAACUCCACGAUAGCGAUGGAGAAGGUCUUUCUGAGGAUGAGCCCGCGUGGCUUGUACGGGGCAGCGGUUCUUCUAAAUGGGCUUGUAAGAAGGAUGGGAGCGCCAUUUGCACAAAGACAGAGCAGCAGCACCGCCCCAAAUCCCCUCAAGGUCAGCAGGUGCGUCGCCGUCCUCCUUCCUUGUCGAGUAAGGUGCCCCGCGGGGGGCCCCCAACAGACGCUACUAGAGGGGGCCCCCUUCUGGGGACCCCAGGAGACUGUCAGGGCCCCGGUGGUGUGGGGUCCUACUUCCCACAUGGGGGCCCCUUGCAAGGGGACGGCGUGCACAACAUGUCUAGAUGCGUCUCUGCCUCGGGGGGCCCCUUUGCGCCUAAGGGCCCCGGGGAGGCCCAUGCGUGGGUUCAAGGCACAUCAGGAGACGGCGAUGCAGGUGAGCUGCUGCCAGAGGAUGAGGGAGGAGCAGACGCGGAGGGGGGCAGCAAAGCUGAUGGUUCAAUCCCUUGGGGAGGGCCCUCGUUCUCAGAUGCCACAGAUGCCGACGCAGCAGCAGGGAACCGCCCCCCGGAGCUGCAACUGCAGCUGCCCCUAAUGCAAUGCAGAGGCGUCUUCACUACUGCGGACAGCCCCAUGUGCGGGAGGCCCUCCCCUAAAGAAAGAUCUCCCUUUUCAACAGAAGCCAAUACGGGUUUCUUCUCAGCUGUCACAACUACAGCUGAUGAGGCCCUGCCGGUGACCAGCUGCAAUGCUACCGAGGGGCCCCCAACAGCUCCAGGACCCUGUCCAUCCAAGAGUUCUGGUGCCCUUUACAAUGCAAGCUACUUCUGCUGCCAGCCCUUCGCUGCCCCAACAGACGGCCGGGGGCCCCCUCCCCCUGCUCCCGCCAGCAUCUCGCGGGCACCCGACGGGGCCCCCAUGAUGCCCCUUUCCACCAAUCCGAGUUUGCAGGAGGCGGAAAUGAGUCUGCCUCAUGGCGAGUUUGUCCCGCCAAGCCACGAAGGGGGCCCCGGAGGGCCCCUACCACCGACACUUCCGUACCCUGUUGGGGGCCCCCCACCGAUUGUUGCUCCCCUCCCUCUGUUUCAGCCUGCGGAGGGCCCCCCCAAGAGUCCCGAGAGUUUCCUUCAGUUUCGCCCUUUUGUAGAGCAGCAAACAACUCAGCUUGAGACCUCUCUGGGAGAAGAACUCCUGUCUGUGGCCGGGUACUCCUGUGGCUUCGGCUUCAACGCAGACAGCUCCCUUUCCGCGAAGCAGCAGAUCAUCCAGAACUCCCCGCUGCUGCCGAGCAGGCAGCCAAACGGAAUGCUGCUGCUCCCAGCGCACCACGACCCAGCUGCAGGUGCAGCCAAGGGGGCCCCUUUCGGGCCCCCAGGGGGGGGUCCCUGGGCCCUCGCCAGCCCCCUCACUCUCCACAAGCCCAAAGAAGACACCAGAAACCGCAGCACAGCUGUCGGCGCCCCCGAUAAAACAGAACCUCUGGGGCAAGGGGCUCCUGGUAGGGCCCGCAGCGAAGCUGUGGGGCCCCGCCCCCCAGCAGCACUUCCUUGGGUUGUUGUGCGUCCCCGAGAAGAGGAAGAGAAGGCCCUGACUCCCCUAGCAGGCAAGGCUCCGGUGUCCCGACAAGCUGAAGAUGAAGAAAGGCCUGCAGCAACGCUUAACGAAGCCCAAAAGGGGUCUGUCGCGCUGCGCAGCGCGGAGGAGAGACACAGAUUUGUAUGGGUGCGCCGCAUGUUGACUCUGAACCGCAUGCGUGCUGUAGAGAAACAGGCAGUGCUGCUGUCUGUGUGA